CGAGCGUCGGGACCAGAAUGGCUCAUCGGUUGGCGGCGGCGAUUUGGGCGCCUCCUCUGGCCGCCUGGCGCGGAGGCCGCUGGCGGGGAGGCGGGCUGGCUGGGCGUGGGGAGCUGGCGCCAGCCCGGCAGUGGCUUCAGUGGAUCCAUCCUGUCUGUGUCGCACCUUUCAAUCGUUGGCUGAACUCCAAACCUCCCAAAGGCUUUGAGAAGGAAGAUGAGAAGAGCCAGAGUCCAAAGAACACUAAUCCUGAGCGUGAAGAGCCUCACGGGGCAAAAAAUCUUGGUCCCCGGAAGAAUACAGGGGGAAGUAGGGGCGGAGAAGACCAGAGAAGGAAGAAGGAGGAGGAUUCGGGGUGGUGGAGUCGCAUGCAGAAGGGAGAGUUCCCCUGGGACAACAAGGACUUCCGGUACCUGGCUGUCAUGGGGGCCGGUGUGGCCUCAGGCUUCCUCUACUUCUACUGGCGAGAUCCUGGCCGAGAGAUCAAUUGGAAGCAAUUUGUGCAUUACUACCUGGCCAGAGGAGUGGUGGAUCGGCUGGAAGUGGUGAACAAGCAGUUUGUGCGUGUGUUCCUCGUCCCUGGAGCUGCCUCAGAGCAGAAGUAUGUCUGGUUCAAUAUCGGCAGCGUGGAUACAUUUGAACGGAACUUGGAGACUACUCAACUGGAGCUGGGAAUUGACCGUGGCCACCAGGUUUCAGUGGUCUACAGCACAGAGAGUGAUGGCUCCGUCUUCCUGAGCAUGAUUCCCACCCUGCUGCUCGUUGGCUUCCUGCUGUUCACUCUAAGACGUGGACCGCUGGGAGGCGGGCGUGGAGGGCGAGGGAUCUUCAGUGUCGCGGAGACCACAGCCAAGAUCCUGAAAGACAACACUGAAGUGCGGUUCAGGGACGUGGCUGGCUGCGAAGAGGCCAAGCUGGAGAUCAUGGAGUUUGUCAACUUCCUGAAGAAUCCUAAGCAGUAUCAAGAUCUGGGGGCCAAGAUUCCAAAGGGUGCGAUGCUGACAGGCCCUCCGGGCACAGGGAAAACCCUCUUGGCCAAAGCUACUGCUGGGGAAGCCAAUGUCCCCUUCAUCACAGUGAAUGGCUCCGAGUUCCUGGAGAUGUUUGUCGGUGUUGGGCCUGCUAGGGUCCGGGACAUGUUUGCCUUGGCACAGAAGAACGCCCCCUGCAUCCUCUUCAUUGACGAGAUUGAUGCCAUCGGGAGAAAGCGGAGCCAUGGGAACUUUGGGGGUCAGAACGAGCAAGAGAACACCCUCAAUCAGCUGCUGGUGGAGAUGGAUGGGUUCAACAGCAGCACAAACGUCGUGGUGCUUGCAGGCACAAACCGUCCCGACAUCCUAGAUCCAGCGCUGAUGAGACCUGGACGCUUUGACCGGCAGAUUUAUAUCGGCCCACCAGACAUCAAAGGCAGAGUGUCUAUCUUCAAAGUCCACCUCCGGCCACUCAAACUGGAUGUGGACAUCAGCAGGGAUGCUUUGGCUCGAAAGAUGGCUGCCUGGACUCCGGGAUUCACAGGUGCUGAUAUUGCCAAUGUUUGCAACGAGGCCGCCCUGAUUGCUGCACGCUUCGCCAGUCCCACCGUGGAUGCAAAGCACUUUGAGCAAGCUGUCGAGAGGGUCAUUGGGGGGCUCGAGAAAAAGACGCAAGUCCUGCAGCCGAAUGAGAAGGCCACCGUGGCUUACCAUGAGGCCGGUCAUGCUGUGGUGGGGUGGUUCUUGGAGCACGCUGACCCUCUGCUGAAGGUCUCCAUCAUCCCCCGGGGUAAAGGAUUGGGCUACGCACAGUACCUGCCCCGGGAGCAGUUCCUCUACACCCGCGAGCAGCUUUUUGACCGCAUGUGCAUGAUGCUGGGUGGCCGCGUGGCUGAGCAGCUGUUCUUUGGUCGUAUCACCACCGGUGCCCAGGACGAUCUCCGGAAGGUGACCCAGACUGCCUAUGCUCAGAUUGUGCAGUUUGGCAUGAGUGACAAGCUGGGCCAGGUCUCCUUCGCCCUCCCGCAGCAGGGUGAGCCGGUGACCGAGAAGCCCUACAGCGAAGCCACCGCAGAGCUCAUUGAUGAGGAGGUGCGGGCCUUGGUUCACGCAGCUUACCAGAGGACCCUGGAGCUGCUGACUCACUGCCGCGAGCAAGUGGAGAAGGUGGGAAAGCGCCUCCUGGAGAAGGAGGUCCUGGAGAAGGCGGACAUGGUGGAACUGCUGGGGCCCAGGCCCUUCGCGGAGAGAUCCACCUACGAGGAGUUUGUCGAGGGGACCGGGAGCUUAGAGGAAGACACCUCCCUCCCCGAAGGCCUGAAGGACUGGAACCCUGAGCAGGAGCAGGACAGCCUGGACGAGGAGAGAGCUCAGGAAAAGGCCCCCUAGGGAAGGGGCCAGCAGUGCGCUUGCCGGGCCAGCACCCGGGCCUGCUUCUCCAAAGGGGGGUUUCCAUUUGGACCCUCUUGGCGGGGCUGAGAGCUUUUUCUCUGGAGCUUUUGGAUCCCCCUCUGCCUUGCCAAGGUGCCGAGCUUGGAGCACAGGACACAGGGCAUGCGCACGUGCACCCUGCCUGGAAGGAGUGACGGCCAAGUUUUUCUUCCCUCGAGUGCCCAGAAGACUUUGUCUGCAGCACAGUGGAGCAGAAUGCUUUCCAACGUCUGUGUUGGGAGGGACUGUGGGAAGCGGGGGGACGGGGACGGGGACAGGCACCCUUCCCUGGACUGGCCCAAAACUGCCUCUGUCCCUCCCAUAAAGCCGUCCCUGCCUCACCACAGUGAUCUUCCCUUGCAGGGCAUAGGAUUCAGUGGUCUCGGAAGGCAAGGCCGAGGAUGGGAUCUCCCUAGCAAGAGACCAAGAGCAGCCUUUGUGUGCUUUUGGGGGGGGGGUGUCUUUGCCCCAACUGCGCCCUGCCUUCCCUUCCCCUGGCAGCCCUCCUGCAGCCAGGCCUAGAGAGAGGCCCAGUGGAGGAAGCAAGCUGGGUGAGCCUCAAGAGCUUCAGAAUGCUGUGGACUCGCUUGUGGUGUGCAUGACACAGGGAAGGGCCUCUGCACCGGAGAGCACGGGACCAAAAAAGAUGAGGUGUGUGAGGAUCCAGCCCCCUUGAGCAGGGGACGAGUGGGAAAAUGGUGCUAGUUAAAAUGGUGCUACUUGA